AUAAAAAUCAUACUAAUAACCAUUAUCUACACCACAUUAAUCAUAGGAACACUAAUCACCCUUAUCAGCUCUCACUGACUAUUAAUAUGAAUCGGCCUAGAAAUAAGCAUAUUAGCUAUUAUCCCUAUCCUAAUAAACAAAUCUAACCCUCGGUCAACACAACCUGCAACAAAAUAUUCCCUCAUGCAACCAACCGCAUCAAUAAUCCUCUUACUAUCCAUUAUCUUAACUAUAAUGUACUCAGGCCAAUGAUCUAUCUUUUACUCCAACAACACAACCAUUUCAUUAAUUUUAACCACAUCAUUAAUCAUAAAACUAGGCUUAGCCCCCUUUCACUUCUGAGUAACAGAAGUAACACAAGGAACAUCCCUACUCACAGGGAUAGUGUUACUCACAUGACAAAAAAUUGCACCCCUCUCUAUUCUACUUCAAAAUUUCCCAACAAUCAAUCAACCCUUAAUCCUCGCUUCAGCUGUCCUGUCGACACUGUUAGGAGGAUGAGGGGGUCUUAACCAAACACAAUUACGAAAAAUCUUGGCAUAUUCAUCAAUCGCCCAUAUAGGAUGAAUAAUAGCAGUCCUAUUCUACAACCCAUCAAUUUCAAUCUUAAACCUAGUAAUCUACAUUAUACUAACCAUCUCAACAUUCUCCAUCCUCCACACUAACAACAACCUAACUACACUAGCACUAUCCCACAUAUGAAGCACCUCUCCCCCAACCAUUAUUAUCAUCUUAAUAAACCUAUUAUCCCUAGGAGGUUUACCACCCCUAACUGGAUUUGCCCCUAAAUGAAUUACAAUUCAAGAAAUAGUAAAAAAUAAUAACAUCACAAUUUCCAUUAUUAUAACAAUAAUAGCCCUACUUAGCCUAUACUUCUAUAUACGACUAACAUACUCAACAACCCUAACCCUAUUCCCAUCUACCAAUAGCUCAAAAUUUAAAUGAUUCUUCCACAAUAACAAAAAAAUAAUUAUACUAGCACCCCUCAUCACUUUAUCUACCAUACUCCUCCCCAUAACACCCCUACUAACAACCCUAAGCU